GAGUGGUGCACAGGGACGUGAAGCCGUCGAACCUGAUACUGGACGAGCUCGCGGCAGUCUGUGCCUCAUCGACCUGGGCGCCUGUGUCGACCUGCGCUCCGGCCACAACUACGUGCGUCCACCCCCACCCGGCCCCCGCCCCUGCCUUGCCAUGCCUUUACUUGCACGGCGCCCCAAGCCAUGCCAUGGCAUGCGUGCCCACUGCGCUCCACCAUGUGAUGCACUCAAUCCCCAUCCCCUUGUGGCGUCUCUCUUGCCUCAUGAUGUACCCAACGAGACGGUGAUGGAUCCCAAGUACUGUGCACCGGAGCGCUUCGGCAUAGUGCUGAUGCAGCUGUGCAUGAAGCGACUGCGCAAUGCGUCUGCUCUGAAGGAGUUCAACGAGGAGUUGAGGCGGUGCGACCACGACCUGGCCAAGUGGAGGGCCACGUUCAACCCCAGCGAUGAUGACAUGGCCGUGCUCGAUGCCAAUGGCGGAGCGGCAUGGCAGUUGGCGCAGCAGCUGCUGAGGAAGCGACCCAACCACGAGGAAGCCGUGUGGCCCAGCGCCAUGGGCGGGCGGCCCUCCGCAGCCCAGGCGCUGCGCCACGCGUUCUUCUCCAUGCGCGCGCCAGAGCCCUUCCGCGCGUCACGCCUGGCGGCGGCCACACAGGCAGCGCUGUCAGGCACGGCGUACGCCACGCUGGGGCGCGGAGGGGGCGCCAUGGCGCAGGCCAAGGCGCGCGCUGCCCAGGAGAAGGCGCGGGUGGCGGGGCGGGUGGAGGGGCGCAAGGGCAGGGCGGGGGAGGAGAAGGGGGAGAAGGGCAAGGCGCGGAAAGAGGCUGGGGAGAAGGGGGGAGUGCUGGGAAAAGGGGAGGGGAGGGGAUGGGCGGUUGGUGGGAAGAAGCAAGCGGGGAAGGAGGCGGAGGGGUCAGGGGAGGGGAGGGUGGAGGAGGGGGUGGUGUUUGCGCUGCAGCAGAUGUGGGCGGCUAGCAAUGGGGGAGGGGGGAGUGGCAGUGAGAGCAGGGGGAAGGGGCGCGAGGAGGGUGUGUGGGGUCGGAUGGCAGUGGGAAGGGGGAGAGGCGGGCGAGGAAGGCAGGGAAGGGUGAGGAGGGGGGUGAAGGGGUCAAGGCAAGGGGCGGCAGCAGGCAAGGGGGAGGCGCAGGGGCAGGCGGGCGCACUGGGGGCAUUGGGGCGCUGGGCGCAGGGGGGGAGGGCAGGGGGCGGAGGUGGUGCUGGAGGCGCUGAGGCGGGUGCUGGGGGAGGGGGUGGGGGCGGAGGGGGGGAAGGGGAGCAGGGCGCAGUGGAGGGGCCGGCAGUGCGGUGGGGGGAGGGGGGCGUGCAGGGCAUGGUGAGCGAGGGGCGGCGGGUAGUGAGGGAGGCGUUUACUGGCGCUGUGGUGGCGCAUGCGGAGGCGUACAGUGGGGGGGCGGAGGGCAGGGCGGGGGGGAAGGACUCGGGUUCGGGCAAGGACAAAGGGUCUGGUAAAGAGGGUGGGUCAGGCAGGGAGAAUGGAUCGGGCAAGGAUGGGAGUGCGGGGAGCAGGGAGAAGGUAGCAUCGGGUAAGAGCAAAGGGGGGUCAGGGAAGGGGGAUGGAGGCGAGGGGGUGGGAGCAAGGGCAGUGGCAGGGGGGAGGCGAAGGAGGCAGGCAGGCGAGCAGAAGAGUGCAGGCGAAGCACGGCAGGUGAAGGGGAUGGGGGAAGGCGAAACGGGUGGGGGGGGAGGCGCACUGGCGCAGGCACUGCUGCAGUGGGUAAGGGGAAGGGCAGGCGGGGAAAGUGAUGCAGGCGGGGGGAGCAAGGGAGCAGCAGCACAGGGCGAUGGGGGGCGGGGAAGUGUCAAGCCCAGGGGUGGUCGAGGAGAGGAGGGCAGUCUGAGGAGAGCAGGGAAGCGAGGGAAUGGGGGGGAGAGUGGGGGUGGUGGGAUCUCGGAAGGGGCAGGUAGGGCGGGCGUGGGAGGCGUGGGGGUGAAUGGCAGGAUGGGCGGGGUGAGACUCAAGCCCAGUGCCACUGCUGAUGUGGCAGACCCUGUGACGGACAACGGCAUCAUCACUGACAUCACUCUGGAUCCCCAGGCCAUUGCCGACGUCAGCCUGCUGCUGGCGCUGUGCAGUCAGGGUGACGAGGAGGAGAGGGAGAGUGGGGGAGAGAGUGGAAGCGAGGAGGGGAGUGAGAGGAGAUCUGCCGGAGUAGGGAGGCAGAUGCUUUACAACAGCAGCAGCAGCAGCAGCAGCAGUGAGGCUGGAGUAGAGCCAGCUGCCUCUGCCCCAUCAGACGCCUCUUCGAUGCAAGUGGGCCUCACGUCUGCACGCGCCCUGCCUUCCACCUCGUCCACUCUCGACCCCGACGCGCACCCACUGGCGGCAGCGCUGCUGGCAGAUGGCGGUGUGGGCGGUGGCGAGGGGGCGGUGGGUGUGCAGCAGGCGGAGGUGCGGGUGGGGGAAGAUGGGAGUGUGCGAGUGAGUGCGUGCGUGGGAGGCGUGGAGAGCACUGUGCUGCUGCAAGCCGACAGCACUGGGGCGCUCGUCAUGGCCCCUCCACUGACACUGCCCCUGGACAAGUUGUGCUGCCGCUGUGGGGGUGGCUGGGAGGGCGUGAGCCAGCCAGGGAGGCAUUGGCAGAGGCAGCGGCUCAGCUGGCUGCAAUCAGAAGCAAGCUGCCCUCCGCCUCCACACCUGCAACCCCCACCUCCCCCCCUGCACCCCCCUCCACCUCUCUGCCCGCUGCUUCCCCACCUGCACCCUCUGCUUCAGCACCUGCUCUGUUACCCACAGAGAAUGCAGCCUUGGUUGUUGGUGGUAGUGGGGAGGAGGAGGCGAGUGGGGAGGAAAGAGAGGCAGAAGCAUCUGUUGUCUGCUGUUGAUGUGCCGGCUGUGGCUGAGCCAUCAGUCUCAGACGAGAAGGCAAGACAGAUAGGAGUGGAGUGGAGAGAAACAGCGGAGGGAACACUGGUGGUGAGACUGGGUGCAGGAGAGGGAGCGGGCUUGGAGAGCACAACCGUGCUCACAGUGGAUGCCACGGUGGGGGAGAAUCUGGGCCAACAAGGGGGCAGCAACAGUAACAGCAGCAGCAGCAGCAGCGAUGGUGGUGUGCUGCAAGGGCUGCAGGAGCAGUUGUCAGUGGGCCUCUCUCCCUUUGCCAGCGCCAUUCGCGCCCUCACAGGGGUGUCACUGUGGGGCGGGGGCCAGAGGGUGCAGGGCGGCAUGACAGAGGCGCAGGUGAGGGAGCAGCUGGAGGAGCUGCGGCGGAAGAGGGAGGCGCGGCGGGCGGGGGCAGAGGGGCUCAACGCUGCUCUGGCGGGGCUCAACAGCCAGAUGUUGGACCUGCAGGCCACACUGCAGGAGAACAAGCAAGCCGUCACCGAGCAGAAGAAGAUUCUCACUCGGAUGGAAGUGCUAUUGCUGGAGGCUGAAGUUAUGCAGGCGGAGUACUAG